AUGAUGUGUGAGAGCGAUAACGAAAGUGAGAACAAUUCGUCGGCUCACGUUUCUGUUUUUGAACAACGCGCAUACAUUAAAAUCGAAACGAUUCGUGGUAAAACAGUGCCUGAAAUUCAUGCCGCGUUAAAUGAAGUGUGUGGAACGGAUACUGUGGAUCGUAGUACGGUGCAAAGAUGGCAUCAGCGAUUCCGUGAUGGUCGUAUAAGUAUUGAUAACAACCCUCGCUCUGGCCGACCCUCUACGGUUACUCAAGACAACACUAACGCGGCUAUUCUCGCAACUCUACUCGAUGAAGACCGACGAAUAACGGUGAGAGAGAUAGAGAAUGAAACAGGUUUUGAAAAUCGCGACCAGAAAUCCGUAAAAAGCGACCAGGAAUGUUACAAAAUGGUGUGUCCAUANUGGGAACGCCUCAAACACCCACCGUAUUCGCCGGGUUUAAGUCUCCCGGACUUUGAUUUAUUUCCAAAACUGAAGGAACCACUUAGAGGGAUCCGUUUUCCCAACUUAGAUAUACUAAAUGAAGAAGUGAGCCGAAGGAUCCGUGGACUCAACAAAGAUGGCGUCCUAUGCGGCAUUCAAGCGCUCCCGAAACGAUGGCAAUCGUGUAUAGACAAGCAGGGAGAUUAUAUCGAAGGUCUAUAA